GCAUAUUUAUAUUAAAUUGUUAUUUUAGUAUAUGAAUGUGUAUAGUAUCAUAAUUUAUAAUCUUCAAAUAUUGACAUCGCCAUCGCCUACCGCAUCGCAGAUAUGUGUCCCUUCGACGUCUGCUUGUUCUGCUCAUUGAGUGCCAACUCAAAGGCCAUGUUAUCGUGUUUUGAACUGAAGUAAGGAAAGCAUACAAAGCUCACAGUCAUCGAUUGUCACGAUGGCACGGCAGCGUCGCAAAGAACCGAGGGACCACCCCAGAAAGCUUCAGCUGGCCGCGAAGCCCCGGCCACCUGCGAAUGCAAAUGAUGAUCAACUUGGCCCAUGGGCGCCUCUGCCGUAUACUGCUUUCAAAGCAAUCUUGUCCGCUCGACUAUGUGCAGCAGUGUGGAACAACAUAGCUGAUUGUGACGAGACCUUUAACUACUGGGAGCCUACGCACUACCUGAUGUAUGGCAAAGGGCUUCAAACCUGGGAAUACUCUCCCCAGUACGCUAUUCGAUCGUAUGCGUACCUUUGGCUCCACGCGCUUCCGGGCCUUGUCUACAGCAACCUGCUUCAGUCAAACAGGGUUCUUGUAUUUUACUUUAUGCGUUGCAUCUUGGGCUUCGUCUGCGCGCUUUGCGAGGUCUAUUUCUAUAAAGGUGUGCUUAAGCGCUUCGGACCGGUAGUUGCACGCUCGACUCUAGUCCUGCUUCUGUUUAGCACUGGAAUGUUCAUCUCCUGUACUGCGUACCUUCCGAGCGCAUUUUCCAUGUAUUGUGCGAUGGUCGCAUGUGGAGGCUGGUUCCUUGGGGACUACCGUGUCACAGUGUUCGCUACUGCCGUAGGUGCUCUACUGGGCUGGCCGUUCUCGGCCGCGCUUAGCUUGCCAGCUGCUUACGACAUAGCUUGCGUGAAGCGCAAGCUUCACCCUUUUUUGGUUUCUUGUGUGGGUUCGCUCGCCUUCAUUCUUCCCGUGCUCGUGGCCAUCGACUCGCAUUAUUUCGGUCGAACCGUGCUGGCGCCCCUCAACAUUGUCAUUUAUAACGUGUUCAGCAAGCACGGCGCCAACUUGUACGGGGUCGAACCAUGGUCCUUCUACUUCAAGAACGGACUGCUCAACUUUAAUGUGGCUUUUGCAGCCGCUCUGGCGUCAGGUCCGGUAGUGUUGAUGUGGCCUAAGUUGACACGACAAGGUCAUGCGCCACAGGGCCGUGUGAGCUCUGACUGCCUGCUGGAGCUGGCGCCACUCUACCUUUGGUGCGCAAUUUUUUUCAGCCAAGCACACAAGGAGGAGCGCUUCCUCUUUCCCGUGUACCCGCUCAUCUGCCUGUGUGCCGCCAUCUGUGUCAACACACUGGAGUCUGUGACCAGCCUCUACUCGCGCACACUGACGGGUGUCGCACGACGCGCCACGUCCGCUCUGGCCCAGCAUCUCUGGCUCGUCUUUCUGGUCACCGCCACGCUGCUGUCCGUGUCCAGGACGGUGGCCCUCUAUCGAAAUUUCAGAGCACCCAUGGAGAUAUACAUGGAGCUUGGGCCACUUGCAAGCCUUGGUGCUGACAGCCAUGGUAGCCAGGGUGACAUUGUGCCAUCAACACUUUGUGUGGGGAAAGAGUGGUACAGAUUUCCUUCGUCUUUUUUUCUACCUCAAAACUGGGAACUCUCCUUCAUUGAGUCAGAAUUUCGAGGACAGCUUCCCAAGCCAUAUGCAUCUGGUGCUAAUGGAACACGCAUCAUACCCACAGAUAUGAAUGAUGCCAAUAGGGAAGAACAGUCUCGCUAUGUAAAUCCAACUCUGUGUGACUACCUUGUUGACACAGAUGGUCAUGAUGUGACUGAUCGUGAGCCUGACUACUCGUCCAGUCCAGAUUGGGAGGUCAUCACUUCUGUCAAGUUUUUGGACAGCAAGAGGUCUCCAGUUUAUGCAAGAACCUUUUAUGUGCCAUUUGUAACAGAACAACAGUGCGUGUAUGUCAACUACUACCUGCUCAAGCGAAAGAAACCAACUAGGAAUAAGGCUUAGGUCUUCUUUCUUUUUCUUCUAAGUGGUCCACGACCCAAUGCUAAAGGAGCAUUCCAUAGUACUUAGCGCUUGGUUUGUGUGUAUAUGUCUAAGACAUUUUCAACCAUGACUAAAGACCUGACAUGUUGACAACAUUUUCAGUUUUGAACUAGUAACAUGGUCAUCAAAAUUUUCAGUACAGGUAGUUUUGCUAUCAUCAGCUGGCAUUGCUAUAUUUCUGUAGUGUUGAAAAUGAGAAAAAAACACCAUUUGCAUGUACAGUGUAAAACUAUACAGAAAAUUUUUUUAAUUACUAUCUUUUUUUAAUGCUGAUAAGCUUUUUUAUACUGUAAGUUAUUGAAACCUACACGCCUAUGUAAAUAAUUACAAAUGUUGUGCACAAGUCAGUACUGUGUGAUCUGAAACCAGUUCAGUGCAUCAGUAGCUGCUCAUGAAAGCUCUUUGCAUCAUAACAAGUAGAAAGAAAUGUGGCGUACUUGGAGUUCACAAAUUACCUGUUUGUGGAUUUCUUAAUUGCUGAAAGCCAUGAUAAAUGCCAUAAUUAAAGUGCAUUUCACCUAGAAAUGUCAUUGAGUCUCAUUAUAAUGUGUUUGUAUACAUAAAAAUGACUGUGAUUUAUAAAAUGGGAUUAUAUCUUCGUGCCUAGAACGAUUUGUGCUGCUUUUCAGGGUAGUAAUGCAGGUGACAUUGGAACUGAGACAUGUCAUGGAGAGAGUACUUCCCCUGAAAGGGGUCCUGCAGUUAUUAAUGCCUUCAAUUUUGCUGCAGAUAUAUUCUUUGCAAACCAUAGAGAUAAGUCCCAAAAACAGCUAUGAAGACUGGCAAAGGUAAACCUUAAAUUACUCAGCUGAGACAUUUCAAAGUACAGGCAAACAAAAAGGUAUUGUUCACUGCCAUUUCAAAGCUGUAAAAUAAUAUGUUGUGUCUUACAGCAUCUUCAAUUAAGACACAGUACCUUAAAACAAACAGUGCAAAAUACGUUAACCACUUCUCAGAAAGGAUCCUGGCUACUUUUUUACUUCGGUUACUGUUCCCAGAUAUUUACAUUUCCAAAAUCUCACAGACAUUGCACUCAUCUUUGUGCUCACUUCUGUAAAUUACAUGCUUUUAUGCAUUGGCAAAGUCAUGGUGGCACUACAGUAAAGGUCUUGAGUACCAUCACUAGCAGUGGACACUAGCUGGCUUGACUACCAUGAUUCACCAACUUCCUUUUUGUGCCAGCCAUGCAUUGUGUUUGAGUUGCUCCAUGUAGGAGCAAUAAUUGACGAGUGAAGUAAGAGAAUAGAAACCUUUUGUGACAGCAUAUGAACGUAAACUUAGACGUUCUCACGUGCUGAUAUUAUGUGGCAUUUCUCAAAGCUUUCCAAUCCAGAAAAUCAACCGUGUUCAGUGAUACCAUUCAUGCAACAUAAGCAAGAUUUGGGAAGUUUUGCAGGGUCUAUUUGAGAUUCAGGGUGAGUGUAAAUUAAUGUUAUGAAUAUGAAGAGUAACUCCUCAAGCUUUCUGCAAAAUGCUGCAGGAGCAGUGUAGUUCACUGGUGGUGCCAUUAGGUUAUAGUUUGUUGAAAUGGCAGGUGCAGAUCAUGUUUUGGGAGGGUGUUUUCUGUGGUACAGAUACUUAACACUGUCUUCUUUUGAAGUGCUGAAUCGCCCAUUGAAUUGAGCCUGUGAGAAGCAAAAUAAGUCAUGCCAACUGUCAAUGCUGUCAUUCUGCAGCCCGUAGUUUCUGUAAUCCAUUUUGCUGCAAGAUGCAGGAAAUAUGGCAGUUGAACACAGUGAUUGUUCUCUCUCUCUUCUUUUUUUUUAACACAUCAGAGAACAGAUGUCCUUAUCAAACUAGUCAAGAACCAGGAGUAUGGCAUUUGCUGAUGAUUAUGUGGCGAAGCACGCAUCUACAUGUUUUGCAUGUAAAGUUUUUUUUGUGUUUGUGCAUUAUAGGGAUGUGUUUUGAUGUGUUAAGAUAUCAGAAGCAUGCAUAAUGUGUCACUUUCAUAUACAGUUAAACCUCGAUAUAACGAACUUCAAUAAUGACGAAAUCCUCGAUAUAACGAAGUAUUUAACUUUUCAUAACCUCUUGACCAUCGAACACCAUGUAAUUAGAACCUUAAUAUAGCGAAGUGUGUUUGUAUGCGAUUUCAGUAUAACGAAAUUUCGCUUCCGCAGCAAAAGAACGCCGAGACAAUAGAUGGAAACUUCCGCGGACGCAAAUGGACAAAUUAUUGAAUUAUAAGCGGCUGCUUGCAAACACAUUUCUUCUCAUAUCGCGCGCGGCGCGACAAGAGCGACCGCCGAAGUGAAGCCGCAUCAUGUUCCAUGUAAAGUCCAAGAGCGAUAAGAUCCUAUCGUGCCCCGUGUUUUGUGCUUUAGGUGCGAGUGAAAGUGUGAGAGGGCGAGAAAGAUGGUGGCUUCACGCACGAGUGCCGCCUCCAUGCGCGAGCAAAGGGAAAGAGGGGGAGGGGAGCGAGCUCGCGGUAACACCAUCCGCCUUGGUAACACGAUCAAGCGCGCGCGAGGGCCGGGGCGGGGAGUUGGCGCACGUCUUGACCGAGUAUGACUGUAAGCGCGGCUGAGCGCAUACGCAGCCGCGUACCCUGGCUUUAGAGGCAAUCUGCCGCGUGUGCAAAGAGUGGGCGUGCCGAGACGGUAAGCUGUCUUCCCGCACGUUUAGUAUUGAAGGUUGCGUAAUCUCGAAUUUCGGUGAACCGUUGGAGCGACAGGCAGAUGAAGCAUUCGCUCCCCGCUGCUGGCGCUUUUCAUGAUAGCGUCGUCCGCACUGGGACGACGCUAUCAGCCGCGAGGGCAGAGUGCACGCGAAAGCGUGCUGGCUUCGCUUAAUUCGUCCGCCUAUGUGGAGAUAUCGUCGACGUGGCAUGAAACCGUAUCAUUCGUCGCAGACUCCCAAAUUUAUCAGAGUGAAUUCUUUUCUUGUUCAAAUUUGCUUUUUUCAAUUGCCGGACAAUUCGAAAAACUCUGCGGCGCCUUUCCGUGUAAGAAAAAUCGGGCGGCGACUGUACUUAUCUGCAUAAAAGGUCGAAUUUCGAUACAACAAAAUUUCAAUAUAACGAAGCAAAUUGCCGAUUUUACCUACUUCGUUAAAUCAAUGUUUAACUGUAUGAACGUUUUGUUGAAAGUUUCACAGCAUGUAUGGUUUGGAAAUGAAUUGCUUGUGUUAUGUAAUCAGCAGCUGGUAGUGGGUCAUAAAAGUUGUUACAUUGUCCCACAUGUCAAAAAAAAUAUCUAGAAUGAAAAUGGCAGCCUGUCAGACAUUGUAAUAACCACUUGUUAGCAGUGCUUUUGGAGUUCUCACCCAGAAACAAGGUGCAUAGAAGUGGCCGAUGCUGUACUUGAGGAGUGGGAAUGGUGGCAAUAGGAGAGAAUAGGGGACAAGUUGUUUUGAAGUUUAUUCUAAUGAAGUUUGUAGUCAUUGGAGUAGUGGCUUUCUUUUAGAAAAUUUUGAAGAAACUGGCCACCUGUGUAACAAAAAUCCAUCGACUUCCUAGUGACUGUUAUUGACCAGGACAUUCCUUGAUUCAUGUGAGCAUAACUCUGAUGCCUCUGUAAGAUGUGCCAGGUAAUAAGAAAGCUUGCAUUAAGCAGUGUGUAAAUUCUGAAUAAAACUCGGUGAGUUAAUAUUUCUACGUCUGCAUUGAGGUCCGUUGCCAACAUUCCAUUUUACAUGUUGAGUUGGGACUCUAAAUUAUGGAAGUUGCUUGUUCUCAACAAAGCUAUUUUGUGUGCAUGUCAUUUUAAAUGUUAUUGUUAAUACUGACAAAGUUGAUUCGUUCUACUUUAUACAAAUAUGUUGCUUCACUGCUGAAAUGACAGAAUUCUUCCAAUGCUUCAUUAUAUAAAAUUUAGCCAUGCUUUUAACUAAUUUAAUAACCAUCAGUUCAAUAUUUGUACAUAGUACUUGUGCGCAGUGUUUAGCUUAAAGGGCCCUCACUAUGUCUGGCCAUUUUCAGCUCACAAAUGCAGUGCAUACAAUGCGUGCUAAUGAUCACGUCCGAUAUGUAUUACAUCCCUACGUGCCGCAGAAAGAACUUAAAUUUCAAACAAAAUGCCAUUUGCUCUUCUCCUCGCGGACGCUGCGCUCCGAGCUGGAGAGUCGAUGUAUAUCACACAAGUGCAGCUACGUGCAUGGCAGUGCUGUGAUGUCGCUUAUGGUGACACGUGACUUUGAGAAUUAUUCAAGGCAACAGCAGUUAUUUAGUUGACCUGUUGCUUAAACAGACGAAUUAAAGUUAAAAAAAAAUUAUGAGGCACGCCGCAGUGGAGGACUCCGGAAAUUUUGAUCACCUGGGGUUCUUUAACGUGCACCUAAAUCUGAGUACAUGGGUGUUUUCGCAUUUUGCCCCCAUCGAAAUGCGGCCGCCGUGGCCGGGAUUCAAUCCAUCCCGCGACCUCGUGCUCAGCAGCCCAACACCAUAGCCACUGAGCUACCAUGGCGGGUGAAUUAAAGUUUAGAGAAAUAAUAAAACCUGCAAGCCGAAUGCAUGUCUUUGUUUUACUUCGUACCGUAACAAGAGAGUUGUACUUCUGUUUUGUCUGCUUGUUCCCAUGUCGUUCACUCGCGCGCAAAGAGAACGAAACUGUCAUUUUCUAACAUGUUCCAGUGCACGAUCAUACUCUGUGAUCCGCUUGCAUCUGCCUCAGUGUUCGUGUAGCACUGACUUAUACCGCUAGUCAGGUGUUCUCGUGCACAGCGUGCAAAAUGAGACAAACGUAACAGCUCGCACACGAGACCAUCAUUGGAAGUGUGCCGUGCAGCAAAAAACGAGAAAGAGAAAAAAAAAGAAGGCGGUGUCUGCGACGUAUGCGUCACGCGAUACUCCAGCUCUGGUAUGGGAGAAUGCAGGAAACGAAUUUAGCUUGCGGAGGCUAGACAGAGCAAGUGGAGAGAGGGUCUAUGUUGGCAGUGGCACUCGCCUCCUGAAAUGAUGUGUUUAGAACGCUGUAAUAUUUCUAUCUCGGCUAUUAAUGAACCAAUCUGAAAAAUUAUUGCAAUAGAACGCUCCCUAAAAGACGCAUAACAACUUCUAUCGUAUAACCAAAAUUUGCUAUGUGACGUGGUGAGGGGCCCUUUAAGAUUUUCUAGGAACUUGUGUUGUUUGACAUAAGCAAAUAGUGGAUCAUUGUGUAAUUUGCCUUAUGAUUGCCUUGUUUCUUCAUAAUAAUUUCAUUUAUUAUAGCAUUCUUCAGGUAUAUUUUCUACAUAGAUAGUGUUUGUGAGGUUAUUUUAAUGAAAAACUACUUCAGGGUUAACUGAAAAUGCCUUGUUUUUUUCUACUGUGAAGUAUGCUGCUUGCUUUCAAAGAUAAGCUAACAUGUAAAAUGAGAUUUAAGCCAAUAACCAAUACUACAGUAUGUCUACUAACAAACAGUGCUUCUUGUAACUUUGGCUGAGCAUUAAACGUGAAGUCAUCCUGUA